AUGUUCAAAUAUAGGAUCCGCAUGUUUUUCAACGAACUGAAAGUACUGGUUUUUAUGCGAGACGAUUCGAGACAGCCUGAACGACCCGAAGCAGAGAGACGGUCCAGCAUGCGGGGUCUUGGGAUGGGCGGCUGCGGCUGGCCUCCCUUUGUGGACUGCUCCUCCCGGGAUGACGAGGAGGAGUAUUACGGGACGGAUCCUCGGCCUCGGAGCCUGGGCUUUGAGGAGAAGGACCCCAAACUGCAAGUGGGCCUGGAUGCGGUGUCGCUCACCAGCACUGCAAGCAGCCUGCGCUGUCGUAUCUGCUUUCAGGGUCCGGAGCAGGGAGAGCUGCUGAGCCCAUGUCGCUGUAAGGGUUCUGUGCGCUGCACCCACCAGCCCUGCCUCAUCCGCUGGAUCAGCGAGAGAGGCUCCUGGAGCUGUGAGCUUUGCUACUUCAAGUACCAUGUCCUGGCCAUCAGCACCAAGAACCCACUGCAGUGGCAGGCCAUCUCCCUGACGGUGAUCGAGAAGGUCCAGAUCGCUGCCAUCAUCCUGGGCUCCCUGUUCCUCAUCGCCAGCAUCUCCUGGCUCGUCUGGUCGUCCCUCAGCCCCUCGGCCAAGUGGCAGCGCCAGGACCUGCUCUUCCAGAUCUGCUACGGCAUGUACGGCUUCAUGGACAUCGUGUGCAUUGGGCUUAUAAUCCAUGAGGGCUCAUCAGUAUACCGAAUAUUCAAGCGAUGGCAGGCUGUCAAUCAACAAUGGAAAGUAUUGAACUAUAUAAAAGCCAAUGACUUGGGGGACCCGUUGAGUAGCAGUAAGGGUGGGGGUCGGGGCUCACGGAGUAACCCCCAUGGCUUGGGUAGUGGCGGCAGCAGGAGACAGAGUCGGAGGUUCAGGACUAUUCUGGACCACCACUGUGGCUACACCAUCCUUCAUAUUCUGAGCCAGCUACGGCCACACAACCCACGUAUCGGCUCCUCGGCCAACCGUGAGGUGGUGAUGAGGGUGACAACGGUAUGAAACUGAGCGUGGAAGGGGUGGAAUGAAGGAAUAAAGCAGGGUAUUGUUUUGUUUUCUGGGGGGGUCUGGUCGGUUCUUUCAAGAUUCUGUCAACUCCAUUGAGGAACUCGAUUUCAGUACCCAGCCCAAGGAAGGAUACGUACAGACAAGACAAUGUCUGGACCUGCAGCCAAGGUACUAUGAUAUUGUAACAACCCUUGCCUUGGUAGGCUCAUUACGAUCCCUGCCAAGUAGGUUAAUCCUACUGGAGCAGUUGUUACGAGUUUGUCUAUGGGCUGGGAGACCUGGGUUCGAGACAAUGUGUUGGAUGUUUGGAAACGUCCUGAAACAGCAACAGACCGCACAUAUGAGGAUCUUUACAGGAGUUUGUUAAAAAAGCGAU